GGGCACAAAACACAUUGGUGGUCAAAAAUUAGUUUUUCUUUUCUGUAUGGUAACAAAACUCAGCAAUGAGUUUUCUUUCUCCUUUUUCCUUUUUUUCGCCAUGAAAAACCACUGCCAGUAAUCCUUUUUAGCCUAUUAUCAUAUACUACUGCAAUAUUUGCAUCUUUGUUUCUCAGCCUCACCCAUUAAAACAAAAAAAAAAAAGAAAAAUCUAAUCUUGAAGGAGAGAAAGAGAGAGCGUACAGAUGGAUAUCUAAAUUAUGUGAGAGACGAGGGAAGGCAGGCUCCAGUCCUCGCACGUGUUUUCUCUCCAGAUCUUUUAUUAAUUGAGUCCCUUUCCAUUCCCUUCUCCCCUCUCUGGAUAAUCCUCUGACAGCCUAGAGGGACUCCUUACUUUAUAUUUUUCUGAUGGAGGAUGUAGAGGUUGUAGAAGUUAAACCUCCCUCAGAGUCGUCUUCGUCUGCUCAAAUUAGCAAUCACUCGAAUGGGGUAGAUUCAAUAAGCAAGGUUGCUAAUGGAAAAUUAGAAUCUGACAGAAAGUUACCAACAAUGGAGAAUUCUAAUUCUGCAACUAUUGAAGAUGUAUUCAAUAACCCUGUUCUGGGCCAAGGUCAAUCUCUCCUGGCAGAAAAUUCAGCCCAAAGUCAACUUCUUCCAACUGACAAUUCAGUGCCAACUUCGACAGUGGAUUUAUUAGAGCUAAAUAGUGAACGUAAAGCCAAAGAAGGCUCAAAAAAUGAAGCAAUAGAAGAUCACUCUAAUGGACAACAACCUCAAGAAAAAAUUGAAACCACUGAUAUUCCAUCAAAUAGACAAAAUUCCUCAGACGUACUGCAGUCUCAAGAUACUUAUUCUAUUGACAGGCCCCGCAUUCGUAUUGAUGACAUUAUACCUGUUGUUUCCUCUCCUAAGGUAAGCUUGCAAUCCAGUGAGCUUGAUCUGCCCCAGGUAAAGGUCAGAGUGCAAUCAGACAAACCUGCCUCAGCCUCACCACAGACACCAGUUGCAAAGCUUUCCAGUCCUGAUGGCGGAACGCCAUUGUCUUUCAACUCCGCCAAAGAUUCUAAGCAGGUUGAUGUAAGCAGAGGUCUUAUUGAUACAACUGCACCUUUUGAAUCUGUUAAAGAAGCUGUUUCCAAGUUUGGAGGAAUUGUAGAUUGGAAAGCCCACAAAAUCCAAACUGUUGAGAGACGCAAGCUUGUGGAACAUGAACUAGAGAAGGUACAGGAGGAGAUGCCUGAGUAUAGGAGACAGUCAGAGGAUGCUGAACAUGCAAAAGUACAAAUUCUUAAGGAGCUAGAUAGCACUAAAAGACUAAUUGAAGAGCUAAAGCUCAAUCUGGAGAGAGCGCAGACAGAAGAGCAUCAAGCAAAACAAGAUUCUGAACUUGCAAGGCUUAGGGUCGAAGAACUGGAACAGGGGAUUGCUGAUGAGGCUAGUGUCGCAGCAAAGGCCCAGCUUGAGGUUGCUAAAGCCAGACAUACAGCUGCAAUUUCAGAACUAAAAUCUGUUAGUGAUGAGUUGCAAACACUGCGAAAAGAAUAUGCUUCCUUGAUUGCUGAGAAAGAUGAAGCUUCGAAGAAAGCUGAAGAGGCUGUUUCUGCAUCCAGGGAAGUUGAGAAGACAGUGGAGGAACUAACUAUUGAAUUGAUUGCUACAAAGGAAUCCUUAGAGUCUGCACAUGCUGCCCAUCUGGAGGCAGAGGAGCAAAGAAUUGGAGCAGCCAUGGCCAGGGAGCAAGAUUCUCUCUACUGGGAAAAGGAGUUGAAGCAGGCAGAAGAGGAGCUCCAAAGACUCAACCAACAAAUUCUUUCAGCGAAGGAUCUUAAAUUAAAACUAGAAACAGCCUCAAAUUUGCUACUCGAUCUGAAAGCUGAAUUAGCAGCUUACAUGGAAUCUAAAUUGAAGGAUAUUAGUGAAGGAAACACAAACGGUGAGCAACAGGAAAUGGAGAGGAAAAGUCACACUGAAAUACAAGUAGCAGUGGCUUCAGCAAAGAAGGAGCUUGAAGAAGUGAAGCUUAACAUACAGAAAGCAACUGAUGAAGUGAAUUGCUUGAAGGUGGCUGCCACAUCAUUGCAAUUGGAGCUUGAAAAGGAAAAAUCAUCUCUUGCCACAGUGAGGCAGAGAGAAGGAAUGGCAUCAGUAGCAGUUGGGUCUCUUGAAGCUGAGCUGGAUAAUACUAGGUCAGAAAUAGCUCUAGUCCAGAUGAAAGAGAAAGAAGCAAAGGAGAAGAUGGUUGAGCUACCCAAGAAACUACAGCAAGCAGCACAGGCAGCUGAUGAGGCCAAGCAACUGGCUCAAGUAGCCCGUGAAGAGCUGCGCAAGGCAAAGGAAGAAGCAGAACAAGCAAGGGCUGCUGCUAGUACAAUGGAGAGCAGAUUACUUGCAGCUCAAAAAGAGAUAGAGGCUGCCAAGGCUUCUGAAAAAUUGGCUUUAGCAGCAAUUAAGGCAUUGCAGGAGAGUGAAUCGGCUCAAAGCACCACGGACAUAGAUUCACUUGCUGGUAUAACACUUUCUUUAGAGGAGUACUAUGAGCUGAGUAAACGUGCUCAUGAUGCAGAGGAACAGGCCAACAUGAGGGUGGCAGCUGCUAUUUCUCAAAUUGAGUUAGCUAAGGAGUCUGAGUUGAGAACUGCGGAGAAGUUGGAGGAUGUGAACCGAGAGAUGGCUGCAAGAAGGGAAGCGCUCAAAAUUGCAAUGGACAAGGCUGAGAAGGCCAAGGAAGGGAAGUUGGGUGUGGAACAGGAGUUGAGGAGGUGGAGGGCUGAACACGAGCAAAGACGAAAGGCUGGUGAAUCUGCUCAAGGAGCUGCAGUUCCCACUAGGACAAGCUUCGAGGGUCAGGAUGAAUCUAAAAACUUUGAACAGGUACCAGAUGCAUCAGCACAAAACAUUGCAAGUCCAAAAGCUUAUGCACAUGGAACGAGCACUGAAACUGAAUCAUCCCCUGAUAUGAAGGUCCACAAGAAGAAAAAGAAAUCAUUUUUCCCGCGGUUUUUAAUGUUCUUAGCAAGGAAAAGGACACAUGCAUCCAGGCAAGGGUAACGAUUUCGUGAAGCCGGAACAGAGGGCAUCUUCUUAGUUCUUGUGGAUUUACAUAUGUUUACUGGGCAUUUGACCUCAUAUUGACCAGAAAUAAUGGAUAUAUUCAUACAGAGUUUGUACUCCAGAAUGUAAAUGAUGGUGAAAAGUUUGUGUAAGAUAAAGUGGGUUGCUUUAUAUUUUUCCUCACAAAUAGAAAAUGCUGAUCAGUUUUGGUGGAGAGAUAAUUUGAUAUUCUAGCCUUUUGGCUAGGUAAGGAUAUAAUAAGUUGUUUCUGUAAUGUAUAGGUUUGCGAAACUUGGAACAUUUGUAAAGGUGUGAGAUUGAUUUAAUAAAAGAAUUUUGGUUAUUUGACGUA